AUGGACAGUCCAUCGAACAGGACUCGGUAUUCAGUGUCCAUGUGCGGUAUGACUUCCUCGUCGGCAUCGGACAGUGGCUGCAUGUUUGAAAGCGGUAGCUCGACGGCCACCACCGACGACGAUUAUAAGGCAGUGCUAAGUAUUGACGAUGUUAGCUGUAUCAACAAUAAUAACAACAUUAUCAGCACUGGUCCAGAGGACAAACCUCCGUCCGUUUUCACAAAAGCACCCGGCAAGUUACUUUUCCGUAGGAAAAUCACUAUUUGCUAGAA